GGAGGAUGCGCAUAUUCUCAGAUUUAAGGGGGGAGGUUUGGAGCAGCCCGGACUCUCUCGUUGUUUAAGCGUUUCUCCGCCAGGAAUGAUCCGAAGACUUUCAGGGAUUCGUUUGAGUACCCGUCUUUUGUAAAAAAUACAGCUCCCAGCGACAUCUCGUUUUCGGAUAUUUUGUUAGGGCGAGUUGAAGAACUUUAGGACGCAGUUUUCGGAGGUGAGCGGACUUUCCAUCGCGGUCGAGACGUUUUGGGAUAAAGGGACUACCAGAAAGUAGCCUGCCGCACGGACUGCACUCGGACUCGCUUAGGUCAGCUAGGUGAGAUACAAGGAGCCCGUCGAAAAGGAGAGACGAGAGCCCAACGUUAAAAUAAAAAGCUAACUUUUCUUCUGUCCGCUCUUUUGAUUUUUGGGGGUUUUUCGUCGUGGCGGACGCGCAUUCUUCUUCUCCUCCUCAGCCUCACAAGUUUGGCAAAAAAAAUGCGCAGACUUGUUAGCCAAACGCUGAUAGCGUGGAGUGAGUGAGCUUCGUUAACGGGCCACACGUUGGAAAUCUGGAUUUACUGUUGUCCUUUUUUCCCCGGGACGUUUUUGUGCAUCUAAUCUCGGCUCAGGAGUCUUGUUAUCUGGCCGUCUGUGGCUGCUUCACGGCCCCCCCGGCAGUAAGUUCAGGGCUGUGGAUGAGCCGCCGCUGAUGCCCCAAAGGUCUGAAUGGAGUUCGAGUGGCAGCGGAGCCAGCAGCUGUAGCUCCCUCAGCAGGAUGCUGAUGAGGCCAACCAUCCUUCUGUCUCUGGCUUUACUCGCCCAGGUUGGAAGGACCCAGUGCCGGCCUGCCAACGCCGAUGAAGUCUCUGUGGAAACGGCAGUAGAGCAGUUCACGCUCUAUCUCGGGGACCGUCUGGAUCUGAGCUGCUCUGCCAGGGACUCCCCCCACGCCGUCAACUGGACCAAAGACCACGUGGCCGUAGUGGAUGGAGAGCACACGCGCAUCCGCAACGGCCAGCUGGAGAUCGAGAGCGUGGAGCUGACGGACUCGGGCCUGUACAGCUGCACCACCUUCGCCAACCACACCGUCUUCUUCAACGUCACAGUUGAUACCCUGGCCUCAUCCGAGGACGAUGAUGAAGAUGAAGAGUCUUCGUCAGAGGAAGCCAAACUUUUGGGCAGUCAAAAACUGAUUCCAAUGGCUCCACAGUGGGCUCAUCCAGAAAAAAUGGAGAAGAAGCUUCACGCCGUCCCAGCCAGUAAGACCGUGAAGUUUCGAUGCCAGGCCAGCGGCAACCCAACUCCCACUCUGAAAUGGUACAAGAAUGGAAAGGAGUUCAAGAGGGACCAUCGCAUCGGAGGCUUCAAGGUCCGUGAACAUGUGUGGACCAUCAUCAUGGAGUCUGUGGUCCCCUCUGACAAGGGGAACUAUACCUGUGUGGUGGAAAACGAGUACGGCAGCAUCAAUCACACGUACCAGCUCGACGUAGUCGAGCGCUCUCCCCACAGGCCGAUCCUGCAGGCCGGCCUGCCAGCUAAUCGCACCGCGGUGGUGGGCAGCGACGUGGAGUUUGAGUGCAAGGUGUUCAGCGACCCUCAGCCUCACAUCCAGUGGCUGAAGCACAUCGAGGUCAACGGGAGCCGAGUUGGCCCUGAUGGGUUACCGUACGUCCGCGUCCUCAAGCAUUCUGGGGUCAAUAGCUCGGACGCUCAGGUGCUGACCCUCUACAAUGUGACUGAGGAGGAGAGCGGAGAGUAUAUAUGUAAAGUGUCCAAUUAUAUAGGAGAGGCCAAUCAGUCGGCCUGGCUGACUGUCACCAGAUAUGAGCCCACAGCUGUCCCACACUAUCCUCCAGCCAACCACAUCUACCUGGAGGUUGUCAUCUACUGCGUGGGCUUCUUCUUCAUCGCUGUCAUGAUCGCCAUCGCAAUCAUCGUGAAGAUUCGCACCUCCUCCAAGAAGAGCGACUUCAACAGUCAGCUGGCCGUCCACAAGCUGGCCAAAAGCAUCCCCCUGCGCAGACAGGUAACAGUGUCCGUGGACUCGAGCUCCUCUAUCCACUCUGGAGUGAUGCUGGUUCGUCCCUCCCGCCUCUCCUCCAGCGGAUCUCCAAUGCUUUCCGGGGUGUCUGAGUAUGAACUGCCCCAGGAUCCCCGCUGGGAGCUUCCCCGGGACAGGCUUGUUCUUGGGAAGCCGCUGGGCGAAGGCUGCUUCGGUCAGGUGGUGAUGGGAGAGGCGCUGGGGCUCGACAAGGAGAAGCCAAACCGGGUCACCAAGGUUGCGGUGAAAAUGUUGAAAUCUGACGCCACAGAGAAAGACCUGUCGGACCUGAUUUCAGAGAUGGAGAUGAUGAAGAUCAUCGGGAAGCACAAGAACAUCAUUAAUCUGCUGGGAGCCUGCACACAGGAUGGUCCUCUGUAUGUGAUAGUAGAGUACGCCUCCAAGGGUAACCUGCGGGAGUACCUGCGAGCCCGGCGCCCACCAGGCAUGGAGUACUGCUACAAUCCAGACCAGGUUCCCGUGGAGAACAUGUCGAUCAAAGACCUGGUGUCUUGUGCUUUCCAGGUGGCCCGAGGCAUGGAGUAUCUGGCCUCCAAAAAGUGCAUCCACAGAGAUCUCGCCGCUCGAAAUGUAUUGGUAACGGAGGACAACGUGAUGAAAAUAGCCGACUUUGGCCUGGCGAGAGAUAUCCACCACAUUGAUUACUAUAAGAAGACCACAAACGGUCGGUUACCCGUUAAGUGGAUGGCUCCCGAGGCCCUGUUUGACCGGAUAUACACGCACCAGAGCGAUGUCUGGUCAUUCGGGGUGCUGCUUUGGGAGAUCUUCACCCUGGGAGGCUCUCCGUAUCCCGGCGUCCCGGUGGAAGAGCUGUUCAAGCUGCUGAAGGAAGGUCACCGGAUGGACAAGCCCUCGACGUGCACUCACGAGCUGUAUAUGAUGAUGAGGGACUGCUGGCACGCUGUGCCCUCUCAGAGGCCCACGUUCAAACAGCUGGUAGAGGAUCUAGAUCGCUGUCUGGCCAUGACGUCCAACCAGGAGUAUCUGGAGCUGUCAGUGCCUCUGGAUCAAUAUUCCCCGAGCUACCCCGACACCCGCAGCUCCACCUGCUCCUCGGGCGAGGACUCGGUCUUCUCCCAUGAUGCCGGAGCUGAAGAGCCCUGUCUGCCAAAGUUCCCUCCCCACUCCAACGGGGCAGCCAUUAAGAAACGCUGAUACCUCGCCUCUGUUCGAACAUUGGACGCUUCCUCGGCUCCCUGCCUCACGGGGUUGGACUCGUCCUCACAUUCCCAGAGAUGAAGCUAAAGGACACUGGUGCUCUGUGAGAAAGGAGGACAUCUCGUAGAACUUGUCGGAUCACGUGGACUGAAGUUUCCCGGUUCUUGGUGGUGACGAUGUUUGUGGGGCACUUUGUAUUAACAGGAGUGGCAGAAAAAAGAGCAGACUUCCACUCUUCUUCUUUCCAGUUUGGGCAUUUCACGUUUCAGGAGAACCAAAAGGACUGACGGCGGUUCUGUCGGGUUUCUGUUUGUUCCGUUUGUCCCUCCAGCGUUUUCCGACCAAAUCUAUACUGCCAAGGGACAUGCAGCACCGUGAUCCACUGCAUCAUCUUCUUGUAAAUACAGUUAGAAAAUUAUAAAUAUGAAUAUAUAUUUACAUCGUACUCUUAUUUUUAUUACCAUUGAUUUAUUUUCUUUUGUACAAGGAUGGUUUUGUUUGAUCCAUUUUUUUUAAUAUAGUCUGUAGGGGCAGUUGUUACACGAGAAUAUCUUUAAAAUUGCUGAGGAUUACGUGGCCAGUUGUUUUCGCUGUAUCACAGCUUUGAUUCCCCUAAAUUUACUGCAUAAUCAUCAGUGGAAAAUAUAUAUACUGGGUUCUUCUGUUUUUUAACUGUAAAAUGCUUUUCAUAACACAACCUGCAGAACAGUGUAACUCAGUGUUUGGGGUUUCUCUCCGUCAAAAGAAAUGGAUUCAUGAAAAUGUUAGAAGUGUGUGUGUGUGUGUGUGUGUGGGUGGAUGCUGUGUGUGUGUGUGUGUGUGUGUGUGUGUGUGUGUGUGUGUAUGUGUGUAUGGAAAGUUUUAUCUCAUUCUGUUCAUCUCCUUCCAGGAUGUUCUCACACUUGUAAAUAUACCUGGUUGUACACCGAGCUUCAGUCAACAUCAUGCACUUGACUGUGCGUGCCUUCCAUGUGAUGAACUUAUCUCCUGCUGUAAAUGCUUUAACAGGAGUUGCUGCCAUAUAACUUUUGACGAAGGGUCGCAGAACACGUAUGUCAUCGUUAAAGGAUUACAUUAAAUAAAAUGCUAUCGAAAAACAAA